AUGGAGAUACAUAAUCGAAGCAAAUAUGUCUUCUUGACUGGCGGUAGUGGAUUCGUUGGUCAAUACAUUAUUCGUGAACUUGUUGCCAAUGGCUACCGUGUCAAGGCUUUGAGUAGGUCUGCAGAGUCGGACAAAACUAUAACGGCAGCGGGUGGUACUCCAACACGUUGUUCAAUGCUUGAUGAAGCACAGCUUGAACAAGCGACAGAGGGUUGUGUAAUGGUGAUACACUGUGCAGCCAAGUUAGAGACCAACGCAUCAAGUGUCCAAGACCUGUAUAAAGAUAACAUCACAGCGACUCAACUGAUAUACAAUGCAUCAAGAACUAACAAGGUCGAGUCCUUUGUGUUCAUCAGCACAGAGGGCGUGUUGAUGGAUGGCAAAGAUGUGAUCGAUGCGACAGAGGACAUGCCUUUGCCACCUCUCGAACAGCUUGGAUGGUACAACGAGUCAAAGGCAAAGGCAGAGAACUACAUUCUUGAGCAAUGCAACCAACAACAACAACAUAAUAUGCGAGCAAUGAUAGUACGCCUACCUCUUGUAUGGGGCAAGGGCGACAAUGUCUUGACGCAGCUCACACAGAUGGCAAACAGACUCAGCUGGUUCUGGAUUGGCAGUGGCAACAACAAGCUGUCGAUCGUUCACGUUAGGAAUGCUGCUGCGGGCAUCGUGCUGGCUGGACAAAAGGGCGACAAUGGUGACAUCUUCCAUCUGACAGACGGCGAACCCGUCAAGCUGCGUCCAUUCUUCACACAACGCUUCAUAAAGAUGGGUGUGGCCGCGUGGAAGCUUCACAUGACGCUACCAGUGUGGCUGGCGUGGGCGAUGGUGUGGAUCAUGGCACUGGUGUGGCGCGUGUUCCGACUCAAGGGCCUGCCCAUCCUCACCAAGACUGGCGUCAUUUACUGCUCCAAGAGCUUCACCAUCAACGACAAGAAGGCACGUACUAAGCUUGCCUAUCGCAAUGUGAUCACCUUUGCCGAAGGCAUGGAUGAGCUGCGAGACAAGUAA